AUGGAAUAUGAGGAAGAGGAUGAGGGCGGUGGAGAUGGAGGCCCAGAAGACGAGCUUGGGGCCCGAAUAGCCCGUCCACCGGCGGUGGACAGAGGAAGUGAGAAAAAGACGCACCUGAAUUCAGAAGAAGUUGAUCACGAGCCAAAUACUGGACGUGUUGCUUUGGUACGCUUUUGUCUUUGUUCGGCAGGAAAUGGUAGUAUCAGUGGGAGAGAGGAUGUAGACAGGGGUACUGAAGGGCAGAUGGGUCAUAACUUCCUUCUCGCUCCUCUUGUCGAGGAUCAGGAGAGAAACCCUCACCAAAUUAGGGUGUCAGGUUUAGAGUCCUUAAGCAAAAAUAAGGGCAAGCAGCCCUUGGAAAAUGAGGGCAAGUCCCCUGAUCAAGGGAAUAGAGUGAGUGAGGGGUCUAUGGAUGUUACUAGAGUGGUGGGGGAAAAUAUAGAAUCUGAAAAUGUUCAGCCUACUGAUCUCAUGUCCCUGUUCAGCUAG